UGUGCGAAUAAAGGCACCUGGAAACUAAAGAAAUCAUUUAUACUAUAACCGUAAGGGUUAUUUUAGUAUAAACGUGAUGUUGAUAUGUGAUCAUAAUAUGGUCAUAACAUAUGUGGACGCAAGACAUCCAGGAGCUAAUCAUGAUUCUUUUAUUUGGGACCAAAGUGCAGCGGAACAUUAUUUUAAAUCAAAUUAUUUAAAUGGAAGGAGAAACACAUGGCUCCUAGGAGAUUCUGGUUACAAAUUACUGCCUUAUAUGAUGACCCCCUACAGAAAUCCAACAGAACUUUAUGAAAAAAAUAUAAUGAAAAGCAUAGAAAUGUUAUAG